ACUUUGAGAGACAGCCGUGGGCCCUCGCACCCGGUCCUUCCAAGCCCGCUCAGCGCGACGUAGCCACGUGCCGCCAAGUCGCCAGACAACGCUGGGGCCAUCCAGAGCAUGCGCAAUAGUCUUCCAAGACCCCGCCCCCAUCCUUACAUGCCCUUCGUCGCCUGCAGCUUCUCCUUAACUACGGGAGGGGGAGGGCAAUGAACUCAGCUGUUUCUCGUCGGCUUCUUCGUACUCUAGUCAGUAUGGGAGACGCCGUUUCCUCUCCUCCGAAGACACCCAGCAAGGAAGAGGCCCUGCCUGGUAGAAACCGAAGCCUCGUCCGUAUCCCAAGUAAGCACCAUGUCAAUGGGAACCGUCUGGUUGAACCUUUUCCAGAGGGAAUGCACAUGGCAAUAUUUGGUAUGGGCUGUUUCUGGGGAGCAGAAAGAAAAUUUUGGAGGCAGAAGGGAAUCUACUCAACUCACGUAGGUUAUGCAGGAGGGUAUACCCUAAAUCCCACCUAUGAAGAGGUCUGUUCAGGAAAAACUGGCCAUACUGAAGCUGUACGAGUGGUAUAUCAGCCGGAAACCAUCAGUGUUGAGAAACUACUCAAGGUCUUCUGGGAGAAUCAUGACCCAACGCAAGGAAUGCGGCAGGGGAAUGAUGUUGGCACGCAGUAUAGAUCUGCCAUCUACACUUACUCCUCAGAACAGAUGGAGGCUGCCCUGAAAUCUAAAGAAGAUUACCAGAAGGUAUUGACAGAGAAUGGCUUUGGUGCAAUCACAACGGAAAUUCAUGAAGCUCCAGAGUUCUACUAUGCUGAAGAUUACCACCAGCAGUAUCUAAGCAAGCACCCCAGUGGCUAUUGUGGACUUGGAGGCACUGGGGUUUCUUGUUCUUUUGGUGUGAAGGAGUGACCUUUACUUCUACAAACAGGUUCAGUGCUUCAGUACAAACUGUGGAACAAGGGGAAAAUGCGCUCCGGAUUUGUGCGACGCUUUGACUGCCAUCUUCAGCAUGCUUGCCCAUGAGCUAGUGCCAUGGUACCUUCUCAUAAGUAAAAGUUUGAGAGCUGAGCUCUGUGUAAAUGUAGCAAAAUGGAAUGUGAAGCCUUUUGUGAAGUGCACCACAGCAAAUGAGGGAAAGUACGUUUUUGAAUGCUCUCCCACAUCAAAUCCCAUAAAUAUAGAACAGAGCAGAAGAUGGCUUCGUCUUCUGUGGUGUACUAGUUUUAGGAGAUCUGCUUGUUUUGGGCAUGGCACGGGGGACAUUAAUGCCACCCCUCCUCUGGGAUCUCUGAUUUGCUGAACACAUGCACACCAGAAUCCCAGCACCAUCACUACUCCCCCUGUGCCAGCCGUCUCUGUUAACAGAAUCUGAAUGGGUGUUGCAGCUUAUCUGCUAGAUAAAUUCCUGGACUAGAAUGGGUGGGCGGAGGGGACAGAAGGAUGUUUGUGUAGCGACAGGAAAAAUGGUAGUAAUGGAAAACAUACUUCGGUACCUGCCUAGUAGGUGGGCAGAGGGAGGUUUUUCGGGGAUUUGGAGCAUAGGAAGCACUAACCAGAAUGCACACUCUCUCAUAGACACCAUUUCUCCAUUCUUCCGUCUCACAAUGUCGCUUUCUUUCUUAAAAACAGCCGAAGGGCUCAGUUACAAAUGUUUGGGUGUGUCUUUAGUUCCACAACUAUGGGCUGUAUUAAGGUCUCAGUGCGUAUUCGUUGCUGCGUUUGGGGAGUUUAAUUUUUGCAAAAUGAAUUAUGAACAGAGAUUAUGUAGGCACAAUCUACCAUGCUGCCAUUGUAGCUGCAAUUCAAAAGCUGUUGACCUCUCGAGAGGGGGAAUUUGCUGAUGGUAAGUGUGAAAAUCAAGAGCUCAAUGGAAGGAACUACAAUGUUUUUCUGCAAUUUUAAUUGUAAACAAAGUUGCCCCACUCACAGGUGUUAUUAUUUAAAAUGGCUAUUAAAUGCAGUUGUUUUCAAA